AUGAAUGAGAAUAAAUCGGUUAUGAAUGUGUCAGAUGAUGAAUCAAUUGAUAUGCUACAAAGUGAGUAUGAAUGCAAUGAUAAUAUUGAAGAAGAUGACAGUAUCAGUGAAUCUGAAAGUGAAGGUGAAAAUGAGGAUGAAGAUGAAGGUGAAGAUAAAGGUGAUGAUAAUGACGGUGACAUUAAUCAUCCUGCUAAUGUUGGUAUUCAAAAUAAUGUUUAUGCUAAUGGAGAUAUUAGAGACUAA